AUGUCUCUUUCAGGUCAAGCAGGCGUGAAUCAACUAGGAGGCGUGUUUGUGAACGGCCGGCCCCUUCCUGACGUUGUACGGAAACGAAUCGUCGAACUUGCCAUAUUGGGAGUACGUCCGUGUGAUAUCAGUAGACAAUUACUCGUAUCACACGGAUGUGUGUCGAAGAUUCUAACCAGAUUCUACGAGACUGGGUCGAUAAGACCUGGUUCUAUUGGCGGUAGCAAAACUAAGCAAGUCGCCACACCAACUGUCGUAAAAAAGAUACUUCGGUUAAAGCAAGAAAAUCCAGGCAUGUUCGCGUGGGAAAUCCGUGAAAGGCUACUUAGUGCGAGAGUGUGCGAACCCCACUCCAUACCUUCUGUGUCAUCUGUGAACAGGAUCUUGAGAAAUAGUGGAUUGGCAUGGAGCGAAGAUGAAGCGCGAGGUGGCCACGAACCUUUCCCGCCUCCCGAAAUUCCACCAAACAUGGUGGAUUACAUGAAGACGACGCUACCUACGCCUUUACCACAGCAAACACCCUCGUAUUUUGCUCAUACUUCGGUACGAGUUCCUCAACCCACAGAACCACAUGCUUACGACAGACGGUUAGCCACAUCAUGGCUAUUAGCGAAUCAAGUUCAAGCUCAAGGCCUCUUAAAGCCAUACCCCAUAUCUCCAUGGCAAAGGGUAAUGAUGCCAUACCCUGACUGUAAGAACUUCGCUCCAUAUGCACUUAAUCUACACAGCGAUCUUCUCAAUCGAAUAAAUCCUGAAGAAGUUAAAUCAGAAAAUUCCGAACAUAUUUCUGUAGAAGCAAGCGAUGACAGUACCGACCGACCCGACACGGACGAGCAAGAUAAACGGCCGAGUGAAAAAGAGAAAAAAAAGAAUCCAUAUUCAAUAGAAGAAUUAUUAAAAAAACCUGAUAAAAUCGUUAAUUCGCACCCGAUCGGAUUCCAGAAUUUUCUUCGUCAGCCAAGUGGUAGCAUGAUUGAAUACAGCCAAGAAAAAACUUCAAGUGACAGAAGCUCUCCCGCCAGUUAUUGUUCUGUCACCAGCGGCGUAUCAAACGAUUGCUUCGCGGACUCGACCAGUUCAGAAAUUAAAGCUGGAAAU